AAAUUCUCUAUUUUGUCCCGCCAUAGUUUGCAAUAUCUGCAUAUUUUUAGCAAAACGCAGAUAAGAUUUGAGCCGCUCAGAACACAUUCCCCCUAAUUUUUUGCAGAAUCAGGUAUCAGUAUCAGCAAUAUUCCACCCCAAAUAUAAGUUCUCUUCAAGCACCAAUCUGCAUUUAGUCAUAGACAGACAGUUUGAGCAGUCGCACCGUACCCUUGUCUUUAAUAAGUUGUUAGUAAGUGGAAUUUCCCAAUCAAAAAUGCACGCGUCAUUGCGAUUCGGUAUCGGAGUAGUCCUACUAGCAAUAUGCCUGCCCCAUCCAUUGCACGCGUUGCACGAUUUCGCUGGUAUGUGCCGCCUUUUCAAAAAUGGCACUCACAUCCGCAAGCCCGGCACCUGCGACGAGUACAUUGAAUGCAUAAACGACACGGGAGUACUACACACCUGUGCCGAUUCCCUGGUCUUUGAGCCAAGUUCACAGGAGUGCAAGAAGGCAACGGCAAGCAAUAGCAUUUACUGUGGCAACCUUUGCGAGGGAUUGAAUGGAAAAUGGGUAGCCGAUCCAACAGACUGCCAAAAUUAUUUCUACUGCAGGAAUGGCGAGGCCCUAGGCGGUCAUUGCGAGAAUUCGCAGCAUUUCAAUGAAACCACGCAGUCGUGCCAGUAUGGAGUCGACUCGCUUUGCGUGGACGUAGCAAAUAUAUGCGAAAUAUUGCCCGACAAGACCAAGUUUCGACAAGAGGAUGACUGUAACGAGUACUAUGAAUGCAAGAAUGGAAAGCAUACGCUUAAGACUUGCACGUCAACGCAGUACUUUGAUGUAGAGAUCGGCGACUGUGCGCCUAAAAGUAAAGUGAAAUGCACAGCGCAUUCCAAGAAGGAUGUAUGCUUGUCCAAAAAUAGUCCGAUUACUGGCUACCAAUCGGACGGCGCCACUUGCCGUGGCUACUUCUAUUGCGCCGACCUCGGUGCCGUUCCCGACAUCGAUCCCAUGUGGGCCCAGUGUCCAGAGGGCUACUUCUUCGAUGACAUUAACAAGAAAUGCGGCCUGCCCACUUCAGUGGUGUGCACACACAACCGUUGUGAAGGGCGUGGCACCAUGCUCGUUACCAGCAGCAGCAACGACUGCCACAACUAUAUUACGUGUGUGGACGGCGUCGAAGUUGAGGAGAGCACCUGCCAUUGGGAUUACUUUUUCGAUGAGUCAGUGCAAGGCUGCUCUAGUAAGAUUAUUUACGACGAGUGCUGUGAUGGUCGUGACUGAACUACUAGCCGUGUCAAUAUAUACAUACAUACAUAUUUGUACAUACGUAUGUAUGUGCAUAUGUGUGUGCGUACUAGGAUGUGUAGGUGUCAAUCAAAUAGUUGACAGCAGGAACGCACGUAUAGUUUGUUUAUGUGUACAUGUGAAUUGCAGUUGAUGUUUAAACCAUGUAUUUCCUGAACUUAACAUAUUUUUAUAAAAUCAGAA